AUGUUCGGAGGCUUCUUCGGGGGCUAUGCGCCCACAGGUCGCUUUGAAGCGAGCUACAGAUGCUACCCAGUGUCUUUCAUCGACAGGAUGGAUGCAGAGAAGGGAGACAAGGUUUUCCUGCCCCCCUCUGCCCUGGACAGACUCUCCCAGCUUCAGAUCGACUACCCCAUGCUCUUCAAGGUGGAGAACCGACAGUCGGGCCAGGCCACGCACUGCGGCGUCCUGGAGUUCAUCGCAGAUGAAGGCAUGAUCUACAUGCCGUACUGGAUGAUGCAAAACCUUGUGUUGGAGGAGGGCACAGUGAUCAGGCUGAGCAGCGCCACGCUGCCCAAGGGCAGCUUCGUGAAGCUGCAGCCCCACUCCAAGGACUUUCUGGACAUCACCAACCCCCGUGCCGUGCUGGAAACCACGCUGAGAAACUUCACUUGCCUCACGGUUGGCGACACGGUGCCCAUCAACUACAACAACAAGAGGUACUUCAUCGACAUCAUCGAGGCCAAACCCAGCGAUGCGAUCUCGGUCGUAGAAACAGACUGCAACGUGGAUUUUGCCCCGCCCUUGGAUUAUGUGGAGCCGGAAUACACGCCAGCCGCCCCAGCCGCCGAACAGGCCUCCACCACCCGCCCCGACGCUGGCAGCGGGAGCAGCACCACGGAAGACAACGGCGACCCCGCCUCUCGCGCGGCUGCACCGGCGGAGCCGCAGUUCCUGGCUUUUGCAGGGACGGCCAAGAGGCUGGAUGGAAGGCCCGCAGCCGACCCCCGGCCCGUGCCCGUGCCCCGGCCCGGGGGCAACAGCGCCUCGUCGGCAGGGCCCAGCACCAAGGACGGCAGCUCAGACGCUCAGGCGAGCUCUGGCGCGUUGAAGAAAGCGGGAAAGCUGAUGUACAGGGACCGCCUGGCAGCUAAGUUUGCGGCCGCCAAGGACGGCAGGGGGGCCGCUGCGCCUCCCCCCUCGCCGCCCGCGAAGGCAUCGGAUGCCGAGGGCGGCGCAGAGAAAAAGGAGGACGGCUUCCAGCCCUUCAAGGGCCAAGGACGGUCCCUGAGGGGCUGA